UAGCCCCGUUCAGCUCUGGCCGCUCUCUCUGUAGCAGCUGAGCUCCGGAUGCUCCGAGUGCCAUAUUGUCUCCUAGUCCGAAAAAUAACCCGUUUUUACGGCUGAGGCGAGGAGGAGAGCGCCGCCGGUCCUCUGAGGAAGAGGUUUCAGCUGAUAUAGUUCUACAGGGAGCUGUUUAGAGGUGCUGCUGUCCCCUGUGGUCCCCUGUGGCCCCCUGCAGACCUCUCCCUACCUCUGCCAAGCUGUCGGACAUGUCGGGACCGGUACCGAGUCGGGCCCGCGUUUACACAGAGGUGAACACACACCGGCCCAGGGAGUACUGGGAUUAUGAGUCCCACGUCGUUGAGUGGGGAAAUCAGGAUGACUUCCAGCUAGUCCGUAAAUUGGGACGAGGAAAGUACAGUGAAGUGUUUGAGGCGAUCAACAUCACAAACAAUGAGAAGGUGGUGGUGAAAAUUCUCAAGCCUGUAAAGAAGAAGAAAAUAAAGCGCGAGAUAAAGAUCCUGGAGAAUCUGCGUGGAGGACCCAAUAUCAUCUCCCUUAUAGAUAUUGUCAAAGACCCAGUGUCCCGAACACCUGCCUUGGUUUUUGAACAUGUGAACAACACUGACUUUAAGCAAUUGUACCAGACACUGACAGAUUACGACAUUCGAUUCUACAUGUAUGAAAUCCUGAAGGCUCUUGAUUACUGCCACAGCAUGGGCAUAAUGCACCGGGACGUGAAACCGCACAACGUCAUGAUCGAUCAUGAACACAGGAAGUUGCGUCUCAUUGAUUGGGGUCUGGCUGAGUUUUACCACCCGGGGCAGGAGUACAAUGUCCGGGUGGCUUCUCGCUACUUCAAGGGACCGGAGCUUCUGGUUGACUAUCAGAUGUAUGACUACAGUCUGGACAUGUGGAGUCUUGGCUGCAUGUUGGCCAGCAUGAUCUUUAGGAAGGAGCCCUUUUUCCACGGUCAUGAUAACUAUGACCAGUUGGUCAGAAUAGCCAAAGUCCUUGGAACUGAAGACCUCUAUGAUUACAUCGACAAAUACAACAUAGAACUUGAACCACGCUUCAAUGAUAUUCUAGGAAGGCAUUCCCGUAAGCGAUGGGAGCGUUUCGUGCACAGCGAGAACCAGCACCUGGUUAGUCCUGAGGCUCUAGACUUUCUGGAUAAGCUGCUGCGGUAUGACCAUCAGGCCAGACUGACUGCGCGAGAGGCCAUGGAGCACCCUUACUUCUAUCCUGUUGUAAAGGACCAGUCUCGGAUGGUGGGCUCUACUAAUGUGCCAGCAGCGAACACUGCAGUGAGCGCAGCCAGUAUGAUCACAGGUAUCGCCGCACUUCCAGCCUCCACAGCCCUCGGCCCACUGGCGGGUUCUCCCGUCCUCUCAGCUGCCAACAACCUGAGUGCCCCGGUGCCGGCUGCCGCGGGCGUCCCUCAGUGAUGCCGUUUCGUGCCUGUUUCCUCACCUCACCGCAGCCUGGGACCAGGUGAUGAGUGAAUGCCAGUUCGCCAGUCCACACCCACCAUCUCCUGGCUCAGUCCUGUGGAGACCUCUGGGACGAUGUUUUUUGAAAGGUGUCCCAAAACCACACCCCCUUCAAACCCCAACCAAACUCCACCCAACCACCUCAACCAAACUGAACCCCACCCACCCUAGUAAUCUUCACCUCAAGUUAAACGAACUGUGUACCUGUUUAACAGUUUACUUGACCACAUGAACCGUUCGGACUACUGUGUGCGUGCUCGUGUGCGUGAUGCAUACAGAUAUUUCGUUCUUGAGGCAAAUUGGGUGCUGAAGUGUAACGUGGGCCACGAGACUUCACUCGUUGUUCCAAAAGCAUUAGUCGCACUAAUAAUAAUAAUAAUAAUAAUAAUAAUAUUAAUAAUGAUGAUUAUGAUGAUACUGAUGUUAAGCACAUUUUCCCACCAUGACCUACAAAGUAGCCAAGCAACCAAUCAACACGAGCAUGCUUAGCUUUUACUUUAGAGAGGGAAGACGGAGCGCUUUGGACCAAAUGGAGGAGCACACUGCGUCAUACUUUCACGUUCAGAUGCAUUAAGUGUUUAGAAGUGACAUAAUGUUGAUCAGUUGGAUCAGUUUACAGUGUUAAUAUACACAGAUCAAGCAUAACAUUAUGACCAUGUCCUUGUUUCUACACUCGUUAACCUUUUUUGUUUGUUUAGCGUUUAGGUGGUGGGUUAUUCUCAGCACUGCAGUGACACUAGUUGAUAUUAGUGUGAAGAACCCCUGUAUGUGCUGUAUGCGUCACAGACCUUUUAAAAGCUGUGUAAAGUUCUUUACAGCACCCUCUGUUCACUUUAACUCGUUAAUUUCCUAAGUGACAGUGAACAUACUGAAAGCAUCACAGGACGGUGUGUGAAUGGGUUCAUUCAUCUGACCUUAUUUACAGAGACUUUACUCCUUUUAAAAUGAAACUAACGCUUUAUUUGCUUCUACAGAUCUGUUUACAACAAUUUAACCAUGCCUGCCUGCAAUAGGAAACAAACAUGGAACAUGAACUGUUCACUGAAUUUCUUAUUCAAUUUUGAAAUCGGUAUCAGUAUUCAAAAAUGGCUCUCUGCUCUUAUGGGUUGAACACCUCAAUGUCACUGCAGGACAGACAAUAGUCCACCAACAGCAUCCUUUGGGCACAGAUAAAGUACUAGACGACGGCACAAACUGUUCAACAGAUUGAGAGCUUCUGUCUCUGACUUUACUUUAGCUAAAAGGUUAACACCUCAUACACCACCAUGCCACUGCACUCUCUUAGAAGUGCUGAGAAUUACCCAUCACGCAAAUAUAGCUCCUCUGUGGUGGGCCGGGGGGGGGGGGCCAUACCAUUUGAAGAACAGUCGGAAAGGAGAAGUAUUUUGAACUACAGCGUUUCCUGAAUGAUCAGUGUAGCUGCAAAAAUGUAUAAUGGGUGUAGAAAGAAAAAAGGUGUUAACAUUAUACUUGAUUGGCGUAAUAUACAAGACAAAGAUGAAAAAAAAAAAAACAGAUCCUUGAUCAGCACAUUUUUCCGCCUUUGACAAGUCCUGAUCGUUCUGGUGCUGUACCUCUGCAGUCGUGUUGCAUUUGACAACACUCGACUUUCAUUAGUACUCAUGACCUUAACUCCGCAUCAUGUAUGGAGAUGUUGAUAUGGCAUAAUCUCUUAACAGCUUAAUUUGGAGCGUUGGAAGGGGCGGUCCAUUUAACAUUAAUAUGAAUUGGGUCUGUCGCGAUAAAGACGUUAUCAACUUAACGUACAAUAUAUGAAUUAUACCUAUCCUAGACUAUUAUUGAUUAAACGUUUAUUGUCCUAAAAAGUGUGUAAUUGCAUUAUUAUGCUAUUAUACUGUAUUACCAUUAUAUUAGUUGUAUAAAAUGAUUUUAAAAUGACUAUCGUUUAUAGCAAAAUAAAUUUUUGCAACAAGCUUAGUCCUGAUGUUUAGAAAUGUUGGUGUUUGUUGGAGAACGUGUUCUGGGCUGGUGAAUCUGGUCUCAGAUGGUUCUGAACUGAGAUCGUUUGGCAUGGUUCCAGUCUCCAGUAGCAGGAAAGAGUUCUUAGUCUGUUCUCCACGUUCUGCAAUAUUUAAUUUCUUUUACCACAGCAGUUCCUGACCAUGUGAUCAGUUUCAGUUCCCCAUUUGGUGCGACAUCUCUCGGACUUCUGAUAGCUAAAUAUUUUAUUUUUGGAAUUAGAGUUCUGAAUUAUGGAUAUUUGUUUAUUUCAGUACUGAUGUACAACCCUGAUCUAAAUAUAUGUAAAUGAAUUUCCCCAUGGCGAGCCGAUUGGACCUGAAGAAAUUCACGCAUCCUCCUGAAAAUUACAGUACGAGUCUUAAACAUGGUUGUACAUAUGUGUAUGUCCUAAUGUAGAUGAGUAGUAUUUCAGGAUAUUUGUGUAAAUAAACGUGUUUUAUUUA